AAAUUGUGUCGGUGUGUGAGUGUGUGAAAUAUAAUAGUCUACAUUGUGAUGAGAAAUGCGAAGUUUGGGGGAAAACGAGAAAGACGUGGUCUACAAAUUUAGCGUCAACAAUCUACUCAACUUGUCACAUAACAGUAAGACCGCACUAAAUAAUAGGUUAGCUAACUAGUCAUAACUUCAUCACAAUUUCGGACCCAAUUUCACCGUUUUCAUCUUCGCGUCCGAUAGCACGGGUCGGGUUAGGGUCACUGUUUUGACUGUACCCUGAUCUCUGUUGUGUACCACUAGAUCCAUGUUUCGUCGACGGUUCCAAAACGGCACACUUUUGCUUGCACUGGGCGAUUUCCUUUUCGGCCGAUAGCACAGUCUUGGUAGCGUUAGGACCAGUUUUUUGACCAUUCCUAGAUCUCUGGUGUGUACCGCUGGAUCCAUGUUUCGUUUACGGUAGUUUUCUGAUUUCACUGGUGUGAUUUCAUUUUCGUUUUCACCUCGCCUUCUUCGUCGGGUUAGGUCCACUAUUUUGACUGUACUAUGAUCUCCUGAUAAGUCUAAAUAAUACUUAUACACGUACAUAAAAAAUAUUGACAAUAAAAUUGUUCAAAUAUGCCUAUAGCGCUUAGAUUAUCGCUACAAAAUAAUUAUUUUCAGUUUGCUUUUGAUCAAAAUUACAUUCAUGUAUUUUUAAUUAAGAGCAAUGAACACACCAGGCGAUUUUACAUGAAACAGGUGGUGUAUUGCGGUAUUUAUAUGAAAAAUAAUGAAAAUAUAGAUGCAGUAUGUAUGAUUACAAUAACAAACAACAAAUGAUUACAAUAUUAAAAACAAAAGCAUGUCUGAGCAGAAUGUGCAUUAAAUAUUUACCAAUCAACUAGACGGACAGAAAGAAAGGCAGACAGACAGAGAGGCAGGCAAACAAACAUAUUAUUCAUCGGAACUUAUUGUACUAGUAAGGUUAUGUCCUCUAGCAGCUCAGAGGGAAGCAGAGAAAGUUUUGCGAGGGUACGGGAAGAAGGCUUCAUCAAUUAACAAAGGCCAGUUGGUAAUAUAUUUCUAUUUAAUGUUUGUUCUGCGCAAACAGUGACUGUCUAUGUCUGUAUAUUGAAAAACUAUACCCAAGGAAAGUACUUAAUUGAAAUGUGUCGAGAAAAUAAAUUAGUUUAACAAAACCUCAUAAAACCCAUAUGCAAAUUACUCGCUAAAACUUCUAUACUAAUGUUACCGCGAUGAGCAAUUAAAAAAGCAACAAGUCAAUAUUCAAUUCCUUGGACACUUGUCAUAGAGGGUUAUAACUACAAUUUGUGAUUUCGUUUUUUUCUUUUAUCUCCGUAUUUCCUGAUAGAGCUAAGGAUAUCAGCUUAUAACAAAGGCUUAUAUUCUGCAUUGCUGGGUGAGAGAUCGGUUAGAUCGUUAUCUAAACCAGUUUUUUGUCGAAGAACAUUUUGUCGUUUGAAAUUAAAGUCAAAAGAUCGAUAAUUGUAGAAGUGGAUUAUAGAAUAUAGGACUUUGUAAAAGCACAGUUACAAGGAGACAUCUGUAAUGUAAUAGCGCUUCGUCAGCGCUAAAAAUGAAUUAUAAACUCUUCCGGAUAUGCAGGCGAACGCCAUUAUUUUAGAACUAAUUAUAGUAUUUAAAUAUUCUAAGGAGUGUAGCAGAUUUCGGUAUCUUCAUCAACUGCUGCUUCAAGAACUGAUCCUUUAAACGAAUAACAUAAAAAUUAUCGAGUCAACUGCGAGGCUGAUGAAUUUGUCAGACCCACUUGAACUCAUCUCACGACAGUCUGCCUCAAUUUCCGCCUUGACAAGUGGAAAGUUAAUGAUCUCAGUAUGCUCUCUUUCGGGAAGCGAAAAUCGCACGAACUUCGUAGCGGAAGACGUUAAUGGAGCUUAGUAUGGUGUACCGGAUCACUGGGCAUCAUGAAGUACAUUCUUUAGAAAUUCUUUGGAACAGUUAUUCAAAUCUAACCUUACCACUAACUUGAGAGCAACACUCCGGAAACUAUCAAAUGGUCCACCCUAUAUUCUAGACUAGUUAACAAUCUGUUUAAUGCACAGGGAUAACUAGCGUCCUCCUUAGUGGGCGAUUUGAAGCUGAUGGGUGUGCUCGUAAUACAAAAACAAAACGAAAAAAGGAAAAAAAACAAAGUGACGACAACAGGUGGGUCAGUGACAAGAAUCGACAACAAUGUCAACACCUGAAUACGAGUGCAGAUAAAUAUGGUAAUCAUGUGCGAGGUGGCUCAGUGGAAACUCCCGCCACUAAUUUGCAUAUGAAAAUGAAUACUUUAUUAGAAAAAAAAUAGUAGUUAAAGGAUAUACAAAUUCAUUAGAAAUGAAGUAAGCUGAGAACACUACUGAUGGUCACACACAAACCAGCGCAUUACAUAAACCAACAACACAACUCUGCGUCUAGGCGUGUUGAGUGCGCCGCAACUUGGGUUAAAAAGUCACAACAACACGCCAACUUUUGGCCAGUUAAUGCGGUGCAGUCAACGCGAAUGGACGGAGACGCGAAUAGUAUAGAGGCACAGGAAGUGCGCGCCACACGACCACAACGCGUCAGCGGUAUACGUCGGUUCUUUCAAGCGCAACAGUUCUACGAGAGCAUACAACCGCUAUUCGUGAUCACUUUUUGGCACGGCCUCACGCCGUUCUUCAUCAAAAACGAUGGUGCCGGCAAUAAGAAAUUAAAAGAAUCGAUUUUCGGUUAUAUCAAUACAUUUCUGCACAUCACCAUCUAUGUGGCCUGCUAUGUGUUGACGUUGUUGAAUGAUUUCGAAACGGUUGCGGGCUACUUCUUUCACACCGGUGUCUCACAUUUCGGUGACACUUUGCAGAUUGUGAGCGGUCUGAUCGGUAUUACGAUUAUAUAUUUUACCGCUAUGCUACCAAAGCAUCGGCUCGAGCAUAGUUUGCGUACAAUACAGGAUAUUGAUCUGCUGUUGCAUAGCGUUGGUGUUAAGAUAAUCUACACCAAAGUGUUGCAUUACUGUUAUUUCAGUAUAUUGGUGGUGUUUGCCGUGGACACAUUGUAUUCGGUUGGUAAUUUUCUGCUCUUGAAAUCGGCCGGUUUAGAGCCGUCAACGCCACUUUACAUUGUCUUUACGUUGCAACACACCGUUAUCUCGAUCGCCACGGCGAUGUAUCAGGGAAUUGUAAAAAUGUUGGAAAUGCGGCUGGUAAUGUUGAAUAAGGUUUUAAAGAAUCUCGCACAUCAAUGGGACAAUAGUAUUGUGAAACCGAUGCCAAAGCAACGCUCACUACAAUGUUUGGACUCAUUCUCCAUGUACACGAUAGUCACAAAUAACCCUUGUGAGAUUAUACAGGAAUCUAUGGAAAUACAUCACAUGAUCUGCGAUGCCGCAUCGACAGCAAAUAAAUAUUUCACUUAUCAGCUGUUAACCAUCAUUUCGAUUGCAUUUUUGAUCAUCGUUUUCGAUGCCUAUUAUGUGCUCGAGACAUUGCUGGGCAAAUCGGCACAUGAGAGCAAAUUCAAGACUGUGGAAUUCGUUACUUUCUUUUCGUGUCAAAUGAUUUUGUAUCUCAUUGCGAUCAUAUCGAUUGUGGAGGGCAGUAAUCGGGCUAUUAAGAAGAGCGAGAAAACCGGUGGCAUUGUGCACUCGCUACUCAAUAAGGCAAAAAAUGCUGAAUUGAAGGAGAAGCUGCAGCAGUUUUCUUUGCAAUUGUUGCAUUUGAAAAUACAUUUCACCGCCGCUGGACUCUUCAACAUCGAUCGUACGCUUUAUUUUACGAUAAGUGGCGCGCUCACCACCUACUUAAUCAUUCUCCUACAAUUCACAUCGAAUAAUGAACCAGAACAACAGUUAACAACGAUGGGCCCGAAUGGCACAACGCCACUACAAAAUCUCGUUUCAAAUUUAACAGCUGAUGCCUAAUGCCAGUUAUAUUUGAUUGAUACUCAAAGCGUUUUUCUUUUAAAUUUAUAUACUCAUAAGCUAUGUAUUGUAAAAUUUCCCUAGUCAUAUAUAUGUAAGUGUGUAUGUAUGUUAUUUAUUUCUCUUCUGUAUAUGUAUGUAAUGCCUGAGACUUAUGUAACUCGUUUUUUGUAUUAAGUAUAUAUUGAAUUAUGAAAAUAUAUGCAUAAACUUUAGACGGUAUACGAACGUUUGAUCAUAUCUCGAUGUCUGGAAAUGCAGAUUUUAAUUAUCUGUUUAAUAGGUUUGUUAAGCAUAAAAUGAAUUGUUUGAUAUUAAAUGAAUUUAUAUUGCAUUUGUAUUGAAAUAUUUUUUUGUUUUUAGAAAAAGUAAAUAAAGUAUAAUUGUGAACAUA